GCACACCUCUCUUGCUAGAUGCCGUGACCCUCCGAUUCCAAUCGAUGUGUGAUGUCUUGGCGCCUAAAAUGGGCGCCACGCAGCUGGCUGGGCCGCCUCGUCGGACAUCACUAUGCCUUUGUCUUGACGCGCUGGGGCUUUGGCAAGUCCUUCGCCACGGUGCUGGCGCGUGCAGGUUCUCAGAAGCUGGCCUUGGGUGCGGUGGCCACUGGUGCGACCGGCCUGACGAUCCACCACAACACCAAGGAACGGCACUUUGAGAGUGAUGUGCUUUCCUCGGAAGAAGAGGUGGAAUGGUUGAAUGCUGCGAUCAAACCCAUUUGGGAUCAUUUGGAUAAAGGAGUCCGGAAAAUCAUCGAAGAUGAGAUUCAGCCCGCCUUGCAGCAGAGAUUAGGCAGACUGGGCAACUUCAUACAGCUCCAGUUCACCCAACUCAGCCUGGGAAGCGCUUCACCGCGCUUCGGCCCGGUGCGGGUGACGAGAUCGUCGCAUGGGCUGGAGAUUAAUGCUGGCUUCAGCUUGGAGGGCAAUGGCAUGCUGGAAUUCUCCGCUGGUGUGGCAUCCAUCCAAGUUUGCGACAUCACUGUGCAAGGCACCUUGCGACUGGGCUUGCAGCCCCUCUUGGAGUCCUUGAAUCCCGUGGGCGGCGUCUCCGUGACCUGCCUGGACCGGCCAAUCAUCGAUCUCACCAUCAAGACAGGCACGGAGCUGAUCCCGAACUUGUACAACUUCGUGCGGGACACCGUGGAUGACGUGAUCGCUGGUUUGAUUGUGAUUCCCAACAUGGUCGCGGUGCCGAUAGAUCCUGCAACAGACUCUUGCUUCAUUCAGCAUCCUUUGCCACUGGGGUUUUUAAGACUUUCACUUGAAGGGGUGACUGCAGCUGGACCUUUGCCCAGUUCUGUCUACGUGGAAGUGCUGAUUGGCUGCAGCGUCUGGAAGAGUGCGAUUGCCAAAGUGUCCAGCUACUCUCGACAAGUCGAGUGGGUGGAGGGAAAUGUCACGGACUUGGAGGUCUAUUCCCAGGACCAGCUCCUGCGAUUCCGCUGCUGGUCCUCCGGGAGCUUUGGGGUCACCCUCCUCUCCAGUGGCCAGGUGCACGUGCGAGACUUGACACCUGGACAUGUGGAGGUUCCUUUGAGCGAUACGCAGGAGCAUGGAGAGAAUUCCUCUGUGGAGCUCUACCUCUCCUGGAUGCCCGUCAUGAACACGCCUCCGCGCUCCAGCGAUGCCGAUCUUUUAGCCUCCGUGCACGUGGAUCGAGCCGAGCUGGCCCGAAGCACGAGCUUGGGCAGUUCCCGCCAUCGCGUGCGCGUCUCGGUGGGGGAGAAGGUGAAUACCUCACCGGUGGGGCAGGCACAUCCCGAAGUACAUCAAAUCGCGGAUGAUAGGCUCUUGCAGCUCGCCAAGAAGCUGUGCGGCAAACUGGCAUUGGUGGAUUUGGCAGAUGCCCUGAACAUUCCGGUGGAACAUGCGCGGGAGUUCGCCUUGCAGCAGGAGCGGCGGAAGCGGAGCAAGGUUCCUCGGAGGGGAAGUGGGAAGUGGGAGAGAGCGGCGCCUCACGAGUUCUCACGAGAGUGA